AGUAAAAAAACCGACAAGUUCAAGAUGGAAAUUCUUAUAAAAUAUUUGGAUUUCAACUGAGUUUAACAGCAGAGGGAGGUCAAAUAGCUUGUCAUGUUUUCAAAAAAAGAACUGUUUCUUACAAUUCUACUUAGUAGUAUUUUAACAGAAAGUUCUGGAACGUAUUUCCUUCAGACAGUGAAAAAGCCUGGACAAGACAAAUUAAAACAGUAUCUAGUCAAACUCAAACAACCUUCAGAGAUUGAACCUGUGUCUGACAUCGACCUGCACGUGGAGAAUAAUGAAAAUGAACGUGAUUAUGCUAAUAGUGAGUCGGAGGAACCAAAGAUGCUAAUAGAUCUAAAUCCAUCAGUAACUGAAUGUGAGAAGUGGCAUUAUAUCAGCUGUCAGAUUGUUGGCGUGGAUUCAAGUAUUCUGGGAGAAGAAAACAUUUUCCUACCUGGCAACAUUGUUAUGAAACUAAUCGAGAAAAAAAAUGAAUUUUAUCAGUAUUCCGGAACUGAUUCUACCUUCAGAGCAACCAUUGAUGCAAAAACUAAGGGUAUUGAUGGCAUUGCGACAUUUUCCGGAAAAAGAAAAUUUGUAUUGAAAUCUGUUCCAACUUUGGGGCAUUUAUGGAUUGAGAUCGAUCAAACUAAAGUGUAAAGAUUUGUGGAAUUAAACAAGUUUAUUUAGAGCUGAAAAUAUACAUUCUUUAAUUGA